AUGGAAGCGAUCUCUGCUCGUGGUGACGAGCUGCUGAAGACAGCCAAGGCCAUUGCCGCUCGCAAAAAGCAAAAGGCCAUCGCUGCGAAGAAGGAGGCGAAGCAGUUGGAGGAUGUUCGCUUCAAGGAGACGAUGGAAGCGAUCUCUGCUCGUGGUGACGAGCUCCUGAAGACAGCCAAGGCCAUUGCUGCUGCUCGCAACAAGCGAAAGGCCGCCGCCGCUCAGACUGUGAAAGAGGAGAGCAAGCAAGUCGUCAUCAAGACUGUUGAAGAGAAUGAUGAUGACGACAACAACAACAACCCGCGAUGGAUCCAGUGGUCAUCGCCAACAACAACAAUCAGUUGGUUGUCGUCGAGACUGAAGAAGAGGACGACAACAACAACAAACCCGCGAUGGAUCCAGUGGUCGUCGCCAACAACAACAAUCAGCCGAAUGUCGUCGAGACUGAAGUAG